AUGUUCUCAAUACCAAGAAGCGAUCGUGGCAUCGCUGGGGAUAGUCUGGUCAGCGGACCGGCCCUCUUUGUGAUCACCGCCUUCAUCUCUCUGGCACUCUACAAUGUGCUGGAGUUGGUCAUCAUUAUAUUCACGAUAUUCAAGAAGCGCAGAGGUCUUUACUUCUGGUCGAUGCUUGUGGCCACGGUCGGAAUAUCCUUUAACGCAGUCGGCUACCUCCUCAAGUUUCUACAUCCUAAGGUUGGUAUUGCCUCGAGGUUGACCUACGUCUCAUUGGUCCUCGUGGGAUGGUCAAGCAUGGUCACUGGACAGAGUGUGGUGCUCUACUCCCGACUGCACCUGCUACUGCACAACCAGCGCAAGCUCCGUUUCAUCUUGGGCAUGAUCAUCUUCGACGCCAUAGUCUGCCAUGUUCCAAUAGCCGUCCUAUUCUACAGCGUCAACUCGGACAAUGGAGCACCAUUCGUCACGCCAUACUCGAUCUAUGAGAAGGUCCAAUUGUCGAUAUUCUUCAUCCAAGAAUUGAUCAUUUCAUCGGUCUAUAUCCAUGAAUCGUGGAGGUUUCUCCAGGCACGCCACCUGGCAUUCGAGUCCAACAACAAGAACCUUGACGGCCGCAAGAUCAUGUACUGGCUUAUAACCAUCAACAUCGUGAUCAUGGCGCUCGACAUCUCCAUCCUGGUGCUCGAGUUCUCCGGAUUCUACGACCUGCAAACAAGCUGGAAGGCCCUCGUGUACAGCGUCAAGCUGAAGCUCGAAUUCAGCAUCCUGAACAAGCUCAUCGAGGUGGUCAAGGCUCGGAACCCGGAUCUCUUCGACAGCGAAGGCGUCAGGAUGACGUUGAUCAACGGCGGGAGGCGAGACGUCGGCAAGAGCAGUGGCGGAAAAGGCUCAGUCAGCGACCACCAAAGUCAGCCAACAGAGCCGCGGAGGACAUUGACGGAUGUGGAGGAAGUCGAAAGCCCGAAACACGCCAUGGGCAGCAUUGCUUCUGUCGUGUCGGUCAGUCAGGAGAGGCGACACAUGGAAAAGGAUUUCAACUCGAGCCGGUGGCCUGGUGCUUUCGCAAAAGGAGGGCCGCUGUGA